AUGAAGUAUAUACUUCCCGAAGGUGUAUGCAUAGAUAAGGUGCUUGUUCAUGAUAAGAAGAGUUUGUGUAUGACUCCUGAUAUGAAGAUCACGUUGAUAUUUGAGGUUGUGGAAGAUCGUUCUGGCGAAUCUGCUGAUCUGGCUCUUCGGCAAUAUUUUAAUUCUAGGCUGAUUGAUUUCUUUAAUAUGCAUCCUGAGCUUGAGAAAUUUGGAAGCGUGAAUGAUUCAAAAGAACUCAUGCCGUCAAUUUUUUUUGGCUUUGUUGUUGAUAAGGUUACUGAUAUUCCGGAGGCCAUACUGCCAGAACCCUUUAGUCAAAAAGCUUGUAGCUUGAUUUGUGAAGAUUCACAUGUUAAAGAAUUUACAUUUGAAUCUUCACAUGCAAAUUCUUCAACAGCACGUGUGUCAACUUCCACUCAAAUUGAAACGUUGCUGGAGAAGAAAUUUCAAUUGUAUCAAUCUUUUAAAAGACAUUUUUCUUGGAAGAGUGUUGCUGAACAGACAGAAAAAGUCCAGUGCUUGUCAUCCACAAAAACUACGCCACCAGCUCAUGCAUCUGAUUGCCUGGAUAACCAAGAAAGCGAAAACACAUGGCAGAAAGAAUAUGCACCUUUAUCUGAUCUUGCAGAUAAUCUGAAAACAGAAAAAGGGCACCAGAACGAAUCACCAGAAGUGAAAACUCAUGUUAAUAAUGUUAUUAAUACACCAGUAAAUGUGAUCUGCCCUCCACAUUCUGUUAGUUGCAAUAAUUCUGAAAGUCCAGAUAUGAAAAAUGUCUCUUGCUCUGCUGAUAGUUUAAUGACAGAGACACCUGUCCAGUCAGCACCUGAUAGAUUAUUGCCCACAUCUGAUGUUAAGCUUCAGAACAUGCCUAGCCAAAAGUCAACAGCAUGUCAUAAGCCAGCAAAAAGAGUGCUUGACUUUUCCCUCAUGGAAGGUGAUGAUGGCUUGGACAUUAGAGUAGACAAGUUAGAAUCUAGUGAAGCUCCGCCUGAAUUUGAUCGCUUCCCUGAAUCUAGGAGAGGAUGGUGUGAGGAUUGCAAUUCUUUUGGUUCUGUUUCUGUACAUCAGGAGGCAGAAGAGAGCCUUGGUAACUCUUUUGAAAAAACCAACCAAAAUCAAGCUGGUUUUGAUACACUGCAUAAAAAAUCCUCAUCAUUGCUGAAUCUGGUUAAUGUGAUUCACUCUAUAUUUCAAUCUGUCAAAAGAGCUCCACUCACGAAAGAGGAGCUCCUGCAAAAGAUACUCAUGAACAGUUUUGAUUUUGUUGAGAUUAGAGAAGUUGAAGAACAGAUUGAAUCUCUGGAAAAGUUGGUGCCAGACUGGAUCUGCAAGAAGUUGGUUCCUACUGGAGAUGUUAUGUACUGCAUAAAAGAAGUUUCAGAUUUGGACUCAGUUCGAUCAAGGCUUUUCAGCAAUGUGACUGUCUAA